GGUACUCUCACACCACCAACAUGAAGGUCGUUGUUGCUCUAGCCAUGGUGGGUGUGGUGGUGGGUGUCCCGCCCCACUAUGGUUACUCCCCCGCCCCGACCUACACGCCCACUCCAUCCUACACCCCAGCUCCAUCCUACCACCCAGCUCCAUCCUACCACCCGGCUCCAUCCUACCGCCCAGCUCCAUCCUACCAUGCAGCUCCAGCCUAUGAUACUGCACCCAAGUACGACUUUGAUUACGCCGUGAAGGACGACUACUCUGGUAACGACUUUGGCCACCAGGAGGGUCGUGACGGCUACAACACCCAGGGGUCGUACUACGUGCAGCUCCCCGACGGUCGUCUGCAGCAGGUGACCUACACUGUCAAUGGUGACUCCGGCUACGUGGCCAAGGUCACUUACCAGGGAGAGGCCCAGUACCCUCACUAUCAACCAUCCUACCAUCCUGCUCCAUCUUACAAGCCAACUCCAUCCUAUCAUCCGACUCCAUCCUACAAGCCAGCUCCAUCCUACAAGCCAGCUCCAUCUUACCAUCCUGCUCCGUCCUAUACUCCUGCUCCUGUCUAUGGAUAACUGUAAACUGCAUUCACGAGAAGUGAAAUCUAAUGUAUUUAUUAAGUAAAGCAAGAUUACAUU